UAACACUUUGGUGCCUCAGGUCUAAAUAUUCGCUUAAGAUUCUGUGGGCUUAAACUACGAGACUACCAAAAAAGAUUUCGCAGGAAAUCGUAUCAACCAACGACAAACAAUCGACAACCCGACGACAAGGUGUGUAUUGCUAUUACCAUGUCUCUUGGAGAGACGCAAUCACUUCAAUAUCCAUUAUGCUGACGGUCCUCUAGAUGGUUUCCGCUAAGAAGCACGUUCCUAUCGUCAAGAAGCGUAUGUUUACUCCCUCCUCGAUCUUCGACAUACGAUUUGCAUAGCCUGGGACCGAUGAAGAGUCGCGAUCGCCAUUGGAGAGUCUGCGAAUGGAAAGGGUUGGAUCCGACUUCGAAGAAUGGUUGAUUAAUGAUUUUGUUAUAGGCACCAAGCGUUUCCACAGACAUCAGAGCGACUCCUACAAAUGUGUCGACGCAAGCUGGAGAAAGCCCAAGGGUAUUGAUAACCGUGUCCGAAGACGGUUCAAGGGACAAAUGGUUAUGCCAUCGGUACGUGCAACUGGAACUGGCUGUAGUCAGAAUGAUAUUCGGAAAACAAGAUGGAUUGGGAUCCGAGCAGCAGGAAUCAAUUGAGCAGCGGCUGACGAGGAUAUAGAUUGGUUUCGGAUCCAACAAGAAGACCCGCCACAUGAUGCCAUCCGGCCACAAGGCUUUCCUCGUCAACAACACCUCCGACGUUGACCUCCUCCUCAUGCACAACAAGACCUUCGCCGCAGAGUAGGUUUAACGGAUUCAGGAGCAAAUAGACGUGGCCACUAACAAAUCAUUAGGAUCUCCCACGCCGUUUCAUCGAGAAAGAGAGUUGAGAUUGUUGCACGCGCUAAGGCACUCGGUGUUAAAGUUACCAACGCAAAGGCAAGAGUUACGACUGAGGUUUAAGCGGAUGGGUUUUGUUUGGGCAUUUUACACGGGAUGGGAAUGCUUGUUAGCACAAACAAAGGCUUUGCAGAAUUAUAGCAAAAGCUCUUUGAAAAAUGAAGAUCCUUAAGCAAAUCUUUAACAGUCACACGAAGCUCCACUUGUGAUGAUUGUUCUUCCGCUGGGAUAUCCCACACGCUUCCCUGAUAUCCACGACAUAUUGCUCUCUGUUCAAAAGGAUCCGAAUACGUGCAGGUCUGGAAAAAAUUUCAUGGCGUUAUGGGUGGUUUAUCUCCCAAAAGGUUGCGGUAGAGAGUUUCGGUUUCGAUUUGUUCAAUAUCUGUGCCAUUGGGCCAAAUCAGUUGCUCACACGCUGAUGAGGGCACUUUAAGCGCGAAUUGUAAAGGGAU